UUCUCACAAUUAAAACAAACAACCAUGAAAUCAUCAUCAUCAUCAUCAUCCUUCAUCUUCAUCUUCUUCAUGGCUUCACUACUUCUCCUCCCUCUCUUUGCCCAUGCAGACUGUGACUGCUCCUCCGACGAGGAAGGCCGUGAUAAAUCCAAAGCUCGUCCUCUGAAGAUCAUCGCCGUCUUCUCCAUCCUCGUCGCCGGAGCCAUUGGUGUUUGCCUUCCUAUUCUCGGCAAAUGGAUCCCAGCUAUCUCCCCUGAUAAAGAUGUCUUUUUUAUCAUCAAAGCCUUCGCCGCCGGCGUCAUUCUCGCCACUGGUUUCAUCCACAUCUUGCCUGACGGCUUUGAUAACCUAACUUCUCCUUGUUUGAAGGACAACCCUUGGCAUAACUUCCCCUUCGCCGGCUUAGCCGCCAUGGUUGCCGCCAUUGGAACUCUAAUGGUGGACACCAUGGCUUCUAGUUAUUACACUAGGUCUAGUGUUAGGAAUGUAGCGUUGGCUACCGAUGAGAUGAAGACGGUGGAAGACGGCACGGUGGCCGGAGACAUGCACGCUCACACGCAUGCCACUCACGGCCAUUCCCAUGGCCCUGCUUUCUCCGAUCAUCUCUCCUCCGACCUCAUUCGCCACCGUAUCAUCUCUCAGGUGUUGGAAAUGGGCAUUGUUGUGCACUCAGUGAUCAUUGGAAUAUCAUUAGGAGCAUCAGAGAGUCCUUCCACCAUUAGACCUCUUGUUGCUGCUUUGAGUUUUCAUCAGUUCUUUGAAGGCAUGGGUCUUGGUGGAUGCAUAGUUCAGGCAAAGUUUAAAGUGAGGUCAAUGGCAACAAUGGUGUUGUUUUUCUCAUUGACAACUCCAGUGGGAAUAGCAGUUGGGAUUGGGAUUUCUUCAGUUUAUAAUGAAAAUAGUCCUACUGCUUUGAUUGUUGAAGGGCUUCUGAAUUCAGCUGCAGCUGGAAUUCUUAUUUACAUGGCUCUUGUGGACCUUUUGGCUGCUGAUUUUAUGAACCCAAGGGUGCAAAGCAAGUUGAAACUUCAAAUUGGGAUUAAUAUUUCUUUACUUAUUGGAGCUGGUUUGAUGUCACUUUUGGCCAAGUGGGCUUAAAUUCAUGAAUGAAUGAAUGAGUUCAAUAGUUAUAUUUUAACCAUGUCAUUUACACUGGAAUGAUACCAGUUACAUAGAAGGGGGUUUUUUUUUUCUGCAGAAUUUCUGCCUCUCUUUAUUAAUGAACUGAUCUUUUUAACUCAUUGGGGCAGGUUAGUGGGCUUAAAUGAAUGAAUUCAAUAGUUUAUUUUAGUCAUGUCAUGUACACUGGAAUGACACAAGUUACAUAAAAGGUUUUUUUUUUUCC